GCGCAAGGAGCUGCGGGAGCCCACGGAGUGGACGGGCUUCGGAGGGAGGAUCUCGGCGGCCGGGAGCCCCCUCGCCUCAACCCCACUCCCCGCGGCCCUAACCAUGGCGGACGAGGAGCUGGAGACGCUGCGGAAGCAGAGGCUGGCCGAGCUGCAGGCGAAGCACGGGGAUCCUGGUGAUGCAGCACAACAGGAAGCAAAACAAAGGGAAGCAGAAAUGAGGAACAGUAUUUUAGCCCAAGUUCUGGAUCAGUCUGCCCGGGCCAGGCUAAGUAACUUGGCACUUGUGAAGCCGGAAAAAACAAAAGCUGUGGAGAAUUACCUCAUCCGGAUGGCACGUUAUGGACAGCUGGGUGGGAAGGUUUCAGAACAAGGCUUAAUAGAAAUUCUUGAAAAAGUAAGCCAACAAACAGAAAAGAAAACAACAGUAAAAUUCAACAGAAGGAAAGUAAUGGAUUCGGAUGACGACGACGAUUACUGAACUCUCGGCUUAGUGGCACAGUUCUAGGAUGGAGGUUAAAGCUAUUCAUUGUUUACUUUGUUUAUUGUCUAUAUGCCUUUAAGAAAUUAAAUUUGUUUAUGCAAACAAAA